UUUUAGGAGGCUGUGUCUUGUUAGUUGUCUUUCAUAGAUGGGUUGUAACUAUAAUGUCUCUCAACCUUUAUUUCCAGAUUGAACCAUGUCUUCAUUUGCUGACGAGACGGCGGGCAAUGUGCUCGUUAAAGACAUCACCCUAAACCUUCCUCAAGUUGGAGUGGGAUUACCAGAGUCACUGAUGGCCCAGAAUGCCCGUGCACGGCAGGCGAUCUCGCGGGUGAGCAGGGAGGAGCUGGAAGACCGGCUCCUACAGCUCCAUGAGGAAAACCUGCUCCACAAACAACACACCCAGAAACAGGAAGACAAAAUCAAGAGGUGGCAACUGCACCCUGCAUACACACACAAACAAAUACACAAUAAAGGUUUCAAUCCCAAUGCAUACCCCCUACAGUAUCAAACCUUAGAGUCUGAGGAUUCUUCAUAUGUGGAUUUCUUAAAUAUAUAUAUUUUUUAUUGGUAG